UAAAAAUCAGGCUCCAGUUGUAGGUGCUGAGAUUUUGGAAGCUGCGGUCCAAGUACAAACAAAAGGCAGUAAAAAAAGGAGCAAAUUAAGCAUUAGGAAUGGCUGAAGAGUCAACUAAAGUUGAGGAUGACAAGAAAAAUGAGAAUCGGCUAUGGGGAGGCCGCUUCUCCACCAGUCGCAUUCAUCAGUGCUUGGAAAAAAUUAACAACUCAAUUGAAAUUGAUCACCGACUUCACAAGCAGGACAUUAAGGGAAGUUUGGCGUAUGCAAGUGGAUUGAAGGACGCGGGGAAUUUAACUGAUCAGGAGAGAAAUUUAAUUGUUGCUGGACUAAAAAAGAUUGAGGAGGAAUGGGCUGAGGAUGAGUUUCAACUUUACCAGUCAGACGAAGAUAUACACACAGCUGUAGAACGGAGACUAAAAGAACUAAUCGGUCCUUUGGCUGGUAAACUUCAUACUGGACGCAGUCGUAAUGACCAAGUGGCCACGGAUACUAAAUUGUGGCUAAAGGACGAGUCUGAAGAACUAACCAAAUUAUUAUCUGGCGUUAUAAUGCGCAUGGCUAAAAAAGCCGAGGAGCAAAUUGACGUGCUUAUGCCAGGAUACACGCAUCUGCAAAAGGCGCAGCCGGUCCGUUGGAGCCACUGGCUCCUGAGUCACGCGUGGGCGCUGAACGAAGACCGGCAGCGUUUGGCGCAAAUUGUGGAGCGAACGAUGAGCCGCUGUCCCUUGGGCAGUGGGGCCCUGGCUGGGACGCCGCUGGCCCUAGACAGAUCGAAAGUUGCACAGGCACUUGGGUUCACAGGAGUUUCCGAAAACAGCAUGCACGCUGUUGCUGACAGAGACUUCGUUGCGGAAUUCACGUUUUGGAGCGCCCUGACCUCCGUACAUCUGUCUCGAAUGGCCGAAGAUCUUCUUCUGCAUUGCUCUUUAGGCUUUGCAAAAAUGGGCCCUGGUUUAAGCACUGGCAGCAGUUUAAUGCCCCACAAGAGUAAUCCCGAUGGUGUUGAGCUACUCCGCGCCAAAGGCGCUACUCUGACUGGACUGUGCACUUCAAUGUUGGCACUUUUAAAAGGGUUGCCAUCUACAUAUAACAAGGACUUGCAGCUGGACAAGUCGAUUCUCUUCCAGGCACACGAUGACUUAAAACUUUCACUCGAACUCACAUACGCUGUGAUUGAUACACUCCAAGUUGACAGAAUAAAUUGCUUAGCUGCUCUUGAGCCGAGCAUGCUGGCAACAGACUUGGCCUAUUAUUUGGUCCACAAAGGGAUACCUUUUCGGGAGGCGCACAAUUUAGUCGGAACUGUGGUUAGGUUGGCCGAGCAGAAGAAAAUUGAAAUAAAGGAUAUUUCAAUCAUUGAGUUGAAGGAAAUCAGUCCACUUUUUGACGAGGAUGUGCUUCAAGUAUGGAGUUACGAGUCCAGUGUUGAGCAGUACAAGGCGUUCGGAGGCACCAGCAAAUCCAGCGUCGAGGAGCAAAUUGUCAAAAUCAAAACUCAAAACCACACGGAAUAAAUAAAUAAUAAAUUCUUUUAAUGUGAAAAAAAGAGAAUGAAAUAGCAGAAUUAGAAAUAAAUAGGUGUUGAAAAAAUCCUAG